AUGGACGAAGCCAUUCGCCUCCUGAGACUCAAGCUUCCCCAGGCUGAAUCAAACUCCAGCGAGCUGACAAGUCUACUUUCCGAAGCGUUCACCGCCCUUCUCCAAGGUGGAAGGCACCGCAUCGAAGGCUGCCACGUCAGAGCAUGGCCAGGCCUACCGCGCGAGUCGAGUGACACAGCUGAGGAGAAAACAGCGCCGAUGGGAGCAGAAAAUGCACUCGAGGAAGAGCAUUUAGACGCAGGCUCAACGGCCGAACAAAAAGAGCCGACACCCUCGAGUAAUGACACCGCCGACAGCGACAGCGACGUUAUCUGGAUCCCGCCUCCGUGCGUAGCCGAGGCGAAGUUGACGCUGCGUGAAGCUCUUGGGGACGGCGAUAGCAGCAGUAGCAACGAAGAGACGGAGCCGACCGGGACCUUGGCAGCUGAAUGUUCGCAGUAUCACCAGCUCCUACAUCAGGGGUGGACGGCGCGUAAGACGAAGCUGGUCACACCCCGCGAGCGCCGUCGCCCUUCCGCUAAUGCUCCAAGCUCACGUCGUCGGCCGCUUCGCCGUCUCCGCAGAAUACACAUUUCGUUAGUCAACAUCGUAACCCCGAAACGUACGGCGCCAUCCUACCUUAUCCGCUUCUUCUGUGCUGCCGUACUUUGCAGAAGACCAACGGUGUGUCGCCGCUGCCAUCGGAUUGCUGCUCGUGGCGUGGGGCCCCGCCACCCCUCGCCUGCAGACGUCCCAGGUACGCGCGCGCCGCUCCUGCGCUUCUUCAGUGCUGCCGUACCUUGCAGAAGACCAACGGUGUGUCGCUCCUGCCAUCGGAUUGCUGCCCAUGGCGAGGGGCCCCGUCAACCUCCGCCUGAGGACGUCCCAGAGUAA